UCUCGUCACUUAUUCGUUUCCACUCCUGCACUUUGUACCUGCUCUUUGGGGAAAGACAACAUAAUCACAGCAGCAUGGGACGCGAAACCAAAGGAGGUUCGACAGGCCCGCCGCGCCAGCGAUACCUAGUGGUUGCGGUGGACUUUGGAACAACAUUCUCAGGUGUGGCCUGGGCGCAGACAGCACGACCUGAAAUACGAUCCACCAUUGUCGAAUGGCCAGCACUUCGAGGUCAGGAUGAUCGGACCAGCGACAAAGUUCCAACUGAACUCGCUUUUGACGACAGUGGUUCGAAGUUCGGAUUUGAGAUUGAGGAGGGUGAGCUGCGUUAUCAGUGGUUUAAGCUCGGCAUCGAUCCUAAGCAAGAAGAACAACUUGUUUCGCAUCUAUCGAUCGCAUAUCCUGAUUCCAAAGCUCUACCUCCGGCAUAUGACCAGCAACACGACCCCGUUCAUCUUGUGACCUUGUACCUGACUCGCCUCCGAGGACACAUUAUGGACAUUUUGGCAAAGAACUUGGGAAGUGGAGUGAUCAAAACGACCCCCAUCCGCUUUACCAUUACAGUUCCGGCUAUUUGGGAUGAUGCAGCCAAAGCCCGCACGCAAAAAUGUGUCCAAUCAGCCGGUAUGGGUAAAGAGGUCCGCAUCAUCUCUGAGCCUGAGGCCGCAGUCUUCUACGCUCUGAUGCCAUGGACCCUCACGACUUCCGACCAGGUGACACCUUUGCUCUUUGCGACGCAGGCGGAGAUUCGUGAAGCAGUCCCUGGCGAUGGAUCUGCUUGUGGCUCCACAUUCCUCAAUCGCAUCUUUGCUCGUUUUCUGAAAGAUCAUCUUGAAGAUGUCGAAGGGUAUGACCAAGACACUCUUGACGAGGCUAUGCUUGACUUUGAGACGAAUACGAAGCGCAGAUUCAAUGGAGACAAUGCCAUGACGCUUCGAGUGCCCGGUCUAGUUGACGAUCUGACCAAGGGUAUCAAGCGCCAGAGACUCACAAUUCAAGCCGGGAAAGUCAUGUCAUUGUUUGAGCCAGUGAUCUCCAGUAUCCUCACCCUCGUCAUGAGCCAGUUGAGACAGACAAAAAAUGCAAAGGCGGUCAUUCUGGUAGGUGGCUUUGGUCAGUCACCGUAUCUUCGCAAUUGCAUCAAGAAGGUCGUCCCGGCAACAAUCGAAGUGCUACAACCUCCAAAUGGUUGGACCGCGGUUGUGAAAGGUGCUCUGAUGAGAUCUCUCAAUGAGAUUGAGCCCGACACUUCGAGAAUCAACAUAGCAUCUCGAAUUGCUCGCAAAGCUUACGGGAUGAGAGCUGGGGUAGAGUACGAACCUGAUCUGCACGAGGAAUCACUAAGAUACUGGGAUCCUUUUACCGGUAAAUACCUUGUUGAAGUCAUGGGGUGGUUCGUAACACAGGGUACCCAAAUCGACGAAGCGAAGCCUCUCACGACGCAUUGGUAUGAAGCGAGACCCAUCGAGGAAGGCACUAUUCGCUCGAUCUCGGAAAGACUUUACAGUUUUACGGCUCCAAGAGGCCCUACAAUCCAGCCUGCACCUCUGUAUCCCGGCAGCGGUGUUCGCAAAUUGGUCGACUUCUAUGCAGAUCUCUCGGUCAUCUCUGCCUCUCUUAUUCCAAUCGAGACUGGCGCAGAUGGCAAGCAGUAUUACCUAUUGGACUUCCAGAUCAAGGUGACUUUCUUCUCUGCCCAUACCGAGUACUCACUGUGGUACCGAGGUGUGGAGUAUGGGAAGGUCACGGCUGAAUAUGCGUGAGCUGAUGGGGAUCCUGUAUGAG